AUGCAUGCUCAUAAAUGGCAUUGGACUAAAUGUCCUAAAAGAGCCAUUUUUAUUUGUAUCUUCAUCUUGAUCACCACAUUCAACUUUGCAGUUUCUCAGCCAACAUCGAAUGAUUGUGUCCUUAAUCUUGGAAAUUCGUCGUGGUUUUCUUUCUCGAGUUGUGAAGGGGGAGAUUGGGGUGGAUUUCUGUACAAAAAAUGUUGUGGAGGAGCAUUUCAAGAGUACCUUUAUGCAUUGGGGCAGCGCGCGAAUCAAACUGGACAGAUAUAUUUGGAUUCAACUGAGCAGAGCAAUUGUUUGAAUACAAAGCAUUUUGAAGACAAUGUUUUGAGCUGUGGGAUUGAGAAGCUCACAAGUGGUGGUGGUGGCUGCUCCGGUUUCUCUAUCAAUGAUGUCCAUCAUAGGUUGAGAGACAAUUUGAGAAGUUUAAAGGAGAAAUGCGAACUUGUGAGCUCUGGCGAUGAUUGGGAUCAGUCGUGUGGCUCGUGUAUGAAGAGUUGGGAAGAUAUACAUUCUAACAAUAGUGAAUCUACGAAGGAUGAAUCUGAUAUAUGUAGGUUUGCAGUGUUGGUGACAUUAACAAGUAGCAGGAUUGAAGAUGAGACACGGGUUCGAAAAAUCUAUCAAUGCCUCGGUCAGGACAGUGACAAAGUACGUUCUAUGUACUGUAACCAACAAGCUAACCUCUUUGUUCAUCGCAUUCUUCAAACAGGAGAGCAUAAAAGAAGUAUAAAAAUUGGCACAGGCAUAUGCAUUUUAAUUGGGGGAAUCUUAGGGCUCGUGGCGAUUGUACUUAUAUUGUACUUGUCAAAAAGAUGGUGUAAAUCAACUUUCCUGCAAGAAAAAGACGCAUCAAAGUGUGCAAUGCCCAAGGGAUCUGGUAAUUUAGCAGUCCCAAUCAAGGAGGUGUAUUCUGCCACAAACAACCUAAAUGAAUUGAACUUCAUCGGCGAAGGAACAGCAGGCAAGGUGUAUAAAGGUACACUGUCAAACAAGCAGCAUGUUGCAGUUAAGCAUAUCAUCAACGACGGAUAUGUAGAGACUUUCGUGAGGGAAGUUAGGAGCCUAUCGUAUGUCAGACACCCAAACCUUGUGGCUUUGUUGGGCUACUGUGAAAAUAAGAAGGAAUGCUUUCUCAUUUAUGAACUGUGUCCCAAUGGGAACCUCUCAGAGUGGCUUUUUGGGAAGAAAAAUGUCCUUUCAUGGAUUCAAAGACUUGAGAUUGCAAUUGACAGUGCUACAGGUCUUUGGUUUCUUCAUACAUUUCCAGAAAGAUGCAUUGUUCACCGCGAUAUAAAGCCAACCAACAUUCUCCUUGGGACAAACUUUGAAGCGAAACUUUCAGACUUCGGAUUGUCUAAGGUUAUUGAACUUGGUGAAGCCUAUGCUAGCUCAGAAGUGAGAGGAACAUUUGGAUACGUCGAUCCUGAGUACCAAAGCAACCACCAAGUGAAUCCAUUAGGUGACAUCUAUAGCUUUGGAGUAGUACUUCUACAGAUCCUCUCAGGAAAGAAGGUUAUAAAUAUGAAUAUGAACAAACCAUUGCCAUUAAACAAAUUGGCAAAAUCUUUUAGCAGAGUGGGCAGUAUAAGUACAGGAUUUGCUGAUCCGAAACUAGAUGGAAAUUACUCAGCAGAAGCUUUUGAUCUCACAUUAAAGCUAGCUCUCUCCUGCACAGCACUUAGGCAACAUCGACCGUCCAUGGAGCAAGUUGUCAUUCAAUUAAAAGAAGCCCUUGACAUAUCAACAAAAGCUAGCUCUUCUCCUCAUCAUUCUACACAGGACUUGUCCUAA